AUGACCUCUGUUAGUAUUGUUUGGAGUUCUAUAAGGGAGUGUGCGCUUCUCGUUGCCGACCCCGAGCUUUCGGGUUUUAACCGAGAUCGCACCAAAAGAAGUCGAUCACCUGAUAAAAAAAAAUCGCGUGACUUGAAUUUGGAGAGGUGGCGUGAAAUAAUUACAAAAAAAGUGCCCGAGAAAAAACUGCGGCCGGACUAUUCCGAAGCUA